UGUGCAUCGUCUCCUUGCAGUGUACCAAGUUGCAGGCCCAUUUUUGGAAACCACAGCGGAAGAACAAAGGCAGGUAGGUGAACUUACCGCCCUCCCUCUUAGUAUUAAUUUCGACGGCUGCCUCUACUCCACAAGUUGAAGAGGCGAAGCAGCGACUGGCGACGGCGACGCCAAUGGACGCGGAGGCCGUGCUGCCCCCUCCUCCGCAGCCCCGAUCGCCGCCGCGGAUACCAGACCUCUGCGGCCGCCAACGCCUCCAGGCGCACCUCCACCUCUUAAGGGGACAGAUUGCCUUCCUCGAGGAGGAGAUACAAUCCAUUGAAGGACUCCAACCAGCAUCUAUGUGUUGCAAAGAGGUUGAGGAAUAUGUGGAGAUGAUCCCAGACCCCUUAAUCCCAAUAUAUAAGAAGAGGAAAACGCGAUGUCAUUUUUGGAGUUGGCUCAGCGGGAUGGUUUGCCUCAACAUACCAACUUGCUGCUCUGGAGGCUUCUGUAGCUGGCACAAGAAACACUGGUGCGACUGUAGACCAACCUGGAGCUAUCGCUCUACUUGUUUGCGAUGCCCCUGCAGCAGCAGCAGCUGCAGUGGCUGCUGCUGCUCCAGAUUAAAAUGUGCGACCCCAAGUUUCUCAUGUCCAGGAUACUCCUGUGGAUGUGUUUGUUCGUGUUCAAAAUGUACCAAAGUGUGCAUUUGCCCCAGAAUGCUUGUGCUGCAUCAGCUACUGUGUCUGUGAGUAAAUUUCUUGAUUGAUCUUUCACGCUUACUCAUCAAAAAGUCGUGAAUCAUUUGUCUAUCAAUGAAUUCCAUGUAAGUUUAUAUUCAUUGAUACUCUUUUUGAAUCAUUUUUAAUGCUGUUAAA